ACCAGGUGUCGGUGUGAAACAGAGUGUUGAUGUAGUAGAGGUCCGGCUGAUGGGGGCUGGUCGUCUCAAAUACGUCUCCAGCUUCGGGCCGCCCGUUGUCUGCCCAUGUUGUCCACCGGGUGGAGUUUGGCUACAGUCCGCAAGACAAAGACACACAAGUGAUUGAGCAGAGAGAGGCUACUGUACCGGCUCUGGAAAAUAACGUGACUGGAGGUUGGUGAGGUCUUUUACUUUGAAUAUUUAUCUCAGCUUUGCUGAUAACCUGUCAAGAAUUAAUGUUUUUAACACGGGUUUAAAACAUUAAGAAAAAGGUUGUCUCAGCAUUUCACACUCACCCGGUACGGUACUCUGGAGGGGACUGAGCGCGAGCUAGCAGGAGGACGAGGUGGAGCACGCGAGGAGACGUUAUUUUAGCGCAGCCGUUAGCUCGGAGGCCAAAAACCCCAACUUUAGACUUUUAAAACAUCCGUGUGGGCACAACAGUCCUGACUCUCACCACCAGAGUACCAGCUUUCACCGUCCUUGUGUUUAUUUUGCCGUGAGUAUCUCAGGAAGUGUUGGCUGUUAAAAAGAUGAGGCUAGCUAACUGAGUGUGAUGGUUGUAUGCGGGGAUGUUGCUGCUCGUUAGCCGUCCUGCUGCAUCACCAGAUCGGAUGAGGACGGAGGGCCUCUCGCGUUAUCACUGAACUGUUGCUGAUAAUAGCAGGCAUUUUCCUUCAUAAUCAUCUCGUCGUGUGCCGGUGUUGCGACGUAGAAUGCACCCCUGUCUUAGAAUGUCCCCCCUGACGGAAGCGCGGUACUUGGGAGUACAUAACAAGGCGAAAUAAUCCAAGUUUUCCUCACCGUUGGAUGGAUUCAACGGUGAGGAAUGACCGAAAACAACAGCCGUCGCCGAAAAUAUCAUGUUCUCUACCUUGACAGCUAACUGUACAGUUUAUAUAUAUACCUCUACAUGUGGAUUUUUGAGACACAUAAGAACAGACGAAAAGUUUGCUUCUCCAUUUGACAUGUUGGCAUGAUCCAACAUCGUGUUUUUUUAAACAUGACAAGAAUAUUUUCCACUUCAAGAAGCUAAUAACGAGUGGAUGGGAUGCAGGGGUGCUUUCUACGCAGGGUUGCAUUCUACGGCACAACACCUGUAAAGGGACAGAGAACCGUCCAUCUUUCUCUUGAUAAAAUUACUAGCAUCUGAGUCUCGGCAGAUAUCUUGGAGCCACUAGACACGUUUUCUGUCUUAUAUUGGUAAACUAUAUGAUAUGUACACAGGUCAUAGAGGACAUGCAGUCUGGACUGACCAUUUGUUUUUACAUCUUUGCAGGACGGUGUCACACAGAGCUGCAGACCCCUGGAUCUUCCUCCCUAGACAAGGGAAGCCCCUGCUGUGCUGUCCUCACUUUGUUUUUGUGACAUUGUUGACAUAUCUGUCAUCAGCGGGAGGCUCUGCUCAAACAGCUUAGGACAUCUGCAGCAAGAACCUGACAUUAUAUCAUCACAGCUGCUCCCAAGACACAUCAUCACUUUUCCUGGAACAGGAUACAGCUGGAUAUCAGAGAGCUAUUGGUGGUGAAAGCUAUGAAAUUCAUUGACAUUGCCCAUUUGGGCGCCUUGAAGAUGGUCAUCUGUAUGUAUAGUGACUCACUGAGUAAGAGGAGAAGCUCUAUCUCAUAGUGAUCUUAAUGAAGGCCUUUUUCUGACAAAAGACAAGGGCCGUUUGAGGCCAAGUGGUGGAGGGCUGUACAUCCUCUGCCAUCUGAUUUCAACUGUUUAAUAGAUUUUAGUGCCCUGAAUUAAGAUGGAGCUGUUCUUUAACCCCUUUGACAACCUAAUAUGCAUCCUGCUCGGCAUCUCCUUCACCGUUUGGUUCACCUUGCUGCUGGUGUUCAUCAUCGUGCCUGCCAUCUUUGGGGUAUCCUUUGGUAUCCGACGUCUUUACAUGAAAUCGUUGUUAAAAAUAUUUGAGGUAAGCAUACUGCUUCAUGGCUAAAACUGGUUAUUUUACAUCAAGUUUUUUGUCAAACAUAAACGAUUCAGUGGAAAAAGAAAAACUUUCACUCUUUGUGAAACUGUUAAUAGUUUGAUAAAUUAAUGGUUAGUGUCUUCUCUUCUUGCCAAAUUAUUUCAUACUCUAAAAACUAUAGAUUCAUACAGUUCUUGGCUCUGUCCUCUGAGGACAGCUUGUUCUUGUAAAUGCUGUGCUUCCCCCACCCUUUCAGCCAAGACAGAUCACAUGUAUAGAUGAUUUUUCAACCCUUUUCAAAAAAAAAAAUCCUUAUUUCUCAGAAGAGGCAUUGAUCAGAGACAGGUUUCAUGCUUGUAGUGUCCAACCAGUGGCCUUUGUGUUCACCAGCUGAUACAGAUUAACAUCUCCGCCACAGAGCCGUCUCUCCAUGGUUAUGUAACAGGAGAAAACAGUGGUACAGACCUUGUCAGUAACUGUUAUCUGUGACAGGGUUUAAACAGCCUUGGAUACUGCUGGCUGAUUUUCACUUUCUAGAAAGAAGUCAAGCCACUAGCGAUGGUAUUUACGGAUCAGCUCUCCUCACUGCUUAUUAUUUGUUCCAAGAUGUCAAUAUUCAUGAUUUAUCGGUCACCUCUUGUAGGAACUGCAGAUGUAGCUAUCUAGUUUCACUCAUGCUUCAAUCUUUGCUGUUGAAAACUGUCAUCACUUUCCAGCGUGUUCCUCUGAGAGCAGAUCUUGUGCCAGAAAUAAAAUGGACUAGUGGGAGAUAUGAGAGAUGUUCUUAGCUCAUAAUUCCAGUAGCAACAAUUAGAUUUAGAAAAGGUCAGCGAACAGAUGCAGAGGAGCAGACUGUUCCUGCAUUAAGCCUGGUGUAUAUUAUUUACAUAGGAUUUUUUUUAUUACUUGUUACAUCUACAUUCUAGUCUUCUUAGUUUCAAUUUAAAUGUCAGAGGUUCGAUCUGCCAGGAUACAAGAAAACAUCUACUGGUUGCAUCAAUUCGAAGCAAGACCAGUUGGAUUUAAUCAUCACAUUUGUUUGAUUAAAGAGUUUGCAUUGCGUCAUACUUGACAGCAUUAUUGUAGAUAUAAUUGAACUCUGAUCCCACUCAUCCUUUUUACCACGCCAUCAAGAUAGACCUGCUGUUUAUUCCCGUACUGUUACUCGAAGAUGCAGCUGUCUUUAGCUUUAUUCCGCCCAAGCAAAGAGUCAGUACCACCCUCUCUGGAGCUGCAGUGUAAUAUGAUGACUCUCUUAAUAAUACAUGUCAUCACAGCACUAUUUAAAGGUGGCUUUAUUAAAGUACGGCAUAAUAAGUGUGGGAGAGGAUGGAAGUGCGCAUACUUUUUAUACUUUAGUCACGGUUGAUGACUAACAUAGUUUGGAAUGGGUUUCAAUUUGGGAAAACUAAAAAAGGUUGGAAAAACAAUAUGUGGGGUUAGUUGAUGUAAACAGUAGAUAAUUGAAAAUCAUCUGUUUUCCAGCCUGACUUCUUCAGCCUUUCGCUGCAGGCGCUCCCACUGUGUCAAUUAACAUUCUUAGAAGUUUUGUGCAGGUGCCCCUUGGCUUUAUUCCAGUGUUAUUUUGUCCGCUGUCAGUGCAUUCCCAAACACUGAUGAAUGCAGACGGAUCUUGGAGAUAUCUCAUGCUGUGGUAUGAACUGAAGUGUGAGACUGUUGGCAAGUCAGGUUUCCUGAUCCUUCCUGCUUUUUUCCAGCUAGAACACUUUGUCCUUUUCUUGCACUCUCUGAGCCUGACCUGCUGGUUUUUGUCUCAGCAUGCAGAGUGCAAACAAAGUUCUACAUACUAAAGAAGGAGAGGUGUGGAAUAAAGCAUUAGUUUCUGUGGUCACAGAUAAAACAUGUUUUGGUUUUUAAUAAGCGAAUAUUCUAUAAAACCUCAGAUUUCUCAGCUUUGUUGAAGUUUUGCACCUGACGCUUUACAUCAAGUGAACAAAGUGUUUGCUAAAGAAUUCACAAUGUUGUGGUCAUUGAGGUUUUUGAAUGCACAGUUCUAUUUCAGAAAGGUCAACUUAGCCACAGUCUGCUAAUAGUGUCAGCUAGAUGCUACUUGUGAGGUAUCUUGGCUGACUUUCUCCAUGUUCGGUGACACUGUGUUUCAAACUCCCUCUAAGCAUCUGUUAGUGAUAUUCCAUCUUUGUAAAUGUAUGAUAUAUAAAAAUAUGUGGUCUUUUCUUCGCAGUGGGCCACUCUACGGAUAGAGAGAGGAGCAAAAGAGAAAGAUUACCACUUGUACAAACCUUACUCCAAUGGUAAGAUGUUUUGUCAGUCUGUUUUCCUUCUUGUGUGCACUCUUCCACGGAGUGUUUGUUUUAGAGAUGAGUAUUGCUGACAUGCUCUCUGUUUUUCUCUGGAUUGCUCUAGCUAUCAUUGCCAAGGAGCCAACCUCUUUAGAGGAGGAGAUUAAGGAGAUCCGGCGGAGUGGUAGCAACAGAGACCUGGACUCAGCCUCAGAGUUUGAGAUGUCUGACAUCUUCUAUUUUGCUCGGCGAGGGGUGGAGAGCAUCAUGGACGAUGAGGUGACCAAAAGGUUUUCUGCUGAGGAGCUUGAGUCCUGGAAUCUGCUGACUCGCAGCAAUAACAACUUUCACUACAUCAGCCUGAGGCUGACCGUCCUAUGGGGGCUGGGUCUGCUGAUCCGCUACGGCUUCCUGCUGCCUCUCAGGUAUUAACUGAACCUUCGAGGUAGAGGUACACGAGUAAGCCUUUCCAAACAAGGUUUCAAGGAAAACAUGAACACUGUGCAGUUUAGUUUAUUGUCUCACCUCUUUCUCACCCUUACGCACUCACACAUCUCAUGUGCUGACCACUGGCUUGUUCUGCCUCUCUGGGAUCCUCCUUACUUUGUAUACAUCUGCUGUGUUGAGCAGUUUAUUUCAGUAAGUUGCCCACAAAGUAGAUCUCAGGUUUCAUUUAUUUCACCUGCCUUUGCUCUUUUAUGACAGCAAGUGAGCGCUGUGAGCGAGGCUUCUUAAUGAUGUAGCCUUUUAAAAUAUUUGAACCCCUUACUGUAACGCUACACAAAGACAUCAGACAGCUGCUGAUGCAAAACAAUGGCGUCACUCUGUGCGUGCCAUUUCCUCAUUCAGACUGAAAUAGAUUAAUACUAAAAAGGCUAAAUUGCAUCACAAGUUGUCUUAGUGUGUAGUAAAAUGUGGAGAACAAGACCGGCAGAUUUAGCAUUAUUUGAUAACACAAUAUCCAACCUGUUAUGCACUGUAUAUUAUAAUUUCAACCAUCUUAAACUGCUGUUAGUACAAUAAGAAACUUCUUAACUGCAGCAUCAGCAAGUAUAUGUUCUCAGUUUAAAUAAACUGCUCAUCCUUUGCAUGGACUUAUUCCGCUGUGGGACAUGAUGACAGGCUUACGAAUAAACUCGUCACUGAAUUUGGCUGUGAAGAGUCAAAAAGCUUUUUUUUCCUGCUGCUAAUUGAAGGUUUGUAAACGUUCAUAAAUGUGGGUCUGCAGCGUACGACGUGAGACUCCAAACUGAAUGCUGGCACACAUUGAGUACAUGAGGGACUUCCUCAUUAGGGGUCAGCUUAGAGGGACAGGGACAGUGACUCAGUAUUAAGCCUGGCUGGCCCAUUUCCAAUUGCCAGUGGGGAGACAAAUCAGGCCACUGCCACACUAGCGGACAUCAUUCUAGUUUCCCAUCCAGCUGAUAGACUCCGCCAUCCAGUACUUGUCUGGUUAAACUUUGCAAACUUAGAUGAGUCUUUAACUCCUCUUUCCUUGCUUGCUCUUUGCACGUUUUCUUUGGCGUCUUUCCAAACCCUGGCGAUUGAUUCAUCCAGAUUAUGGCGACCUGUUAGCUGGAUUAAAUAUUGCCUUAUAUGCCCUAUAUGGUAGGAGGUGGAGAGAGCUUCCAGUUUACACCAAGAACUCUCCUCCAUCAUGUUCCUGCUUUUAAAUGCCUGUUAAAAGACCUGUUAGUUUUAAGUUUGUACAUGAUUAUACAGCAGCUUUGUUCUAAGACUCCCCGCAGAGAAAUUCUGUGUAACCUGUCUGUCUUUCUGUCUUCAAGGGUAACUCUUGCCUUCACCGGUGUAGGACUCCUUGUGUUCCUCACCUCUGUAGUUGGACUGCUGCCAAAUGGAAAGUAAGGCAAAUUUGUUUAAUUUGUCAGAGUAUGGGCUCAGACACAUCAAUGUGAUUAUCUUUGAUCCGCCCUCUAGACACACAAACCCAGUGAGACUGUCAUGUGCUCUCUUUUGCAGGAUGAAAAACUUUCUAAGUGAGAAAGUCCAUUUGAUGUGCUACAGAAUAUGUGUCAGAGCUCUGACUGCCAUUAUAACCUACCAUGACAGGUAAAGCCCCUACAGUGUAAAUCAUGUGACUACUAACUCUGAUUAAUUUUUUUUAAAUCUCUGGAUUACUCAGGUUUUCAGUCAGCAGACUUCCUGGAAAGGUGUUAAAAGGUUGUAUGCGAUAAGGACAGGAGGGGGUCAGGUGAGAUGAAGUGUAUAUGGGACAGUGAGUCAGUCCAGGAGAGGAUCUGUCAGACUGUAUACAUUAAUCUGAUCCUCACGGGUUAUCUAAUGAAGUCACUUACACAUGAUUCAUGGAAUUAAAGUGAAUAGAAAUGAGAGAGGCAUGAUAAAAAACCUCAUGACUUCCUCACAAACACUUAGACAGUGUAUAUAAUAUUAUAAACCCUUGUUAAAGAAAAUGCAGAGCUUUGGCAGCCGUUGAGAAACCAGUGAUUUCAACAGUUUUGGUAAUGCAUUAUCAAUCUUUGCAGCUGAGUAAUUGCAAGGAUUUAGAUCGUUUUUGCCAACAAAUAAUAAUCUUUCAGUUUCUCACUGUUAAACAGAAAUACAGCGUAGCUUGAAGGUCCAAUGAAGGCACUCAGGCCUUCAAGUUCAGGCAUCAGUUGAUUGUAAAGGAUAUGCUUGAACACGUUUCCUUUUCUUUAUGUGAUCUCCUAUUAAGUAGGAUAAACAACAUUUGGUCUCAUGUGACAUGAAGUAAUCGGGAUGGUUUUCGAACGUUAUCAGGGUGGAGUUUCAAGGUUGUUUCUUUGCAGACAAACUGGCUUAGGGUGUCGCACACUGAGGAGACAAUAAGACCAUAAUUAAGUCUGUCUUUAGUUAAGAAGUCUGCAAAGUGACAGAAAUGCAGAACAGAGAUAUCUCAAACCGACGAAGCUGGCACUUCUCUGUAUACCAGCAUCAGUGGUGUGUACCUGACCAUGUGAACACGUAAUUUAUCUCAAUUAGACUAGGUAGGCAGAAAACUAGAUGCAGUUGGUCUGACAUAUUCUUCUGUUCACUUCUUAUGUUGCAGCAUUUCCCCAUGUGGUGGUUUAAGCCUGCACAUGACUAUAUGUUCACAGAUUCUAGUUGCAUAAGCCUGCUCUGCAUGUUGAAACUUGUAGUGUUGAACUACGUUUGUGCCUUUAAAUGUUCUGUAGAUAUGCAAUACCGUUUAAGUUAAAUCCAUUAUUUGCAAAGGAAAAACACAUGAUUUAGGGAAAAAAAAUCACAUUUUGAAUCGACUUUUAAUAAGACAACAACUGAUCAAUAACAUUUUUAAAGAUCAAUCAUAGGGGAUACAAUGAAUUUGUGUCGCAGAGCUAGAGCAAUAAUGUGCUGACUGAUUUACGUGAAGGAAGUUGUCGCUUGCAGCUUUAACAACUUAUGGAUCGAGAGGAACGUUUGUUGCAGUUUGACUCAAAGAUGCUGUUUUCUCCCUCUGUAUGCAGCUUGUUGAAAAUUAGCCCCUUUAGAGCCAUUUUGCCUCAUGAAUUUAACAAAUAAAAUCUUUAUAAAAGGUUCUCAAAAUGUUUUAAAGCUUCAGUUAUGGCCUGAAUUUUAUUUGCAGUCUUUAUUUGUAAUACUACAAAUACUUUUUUAUAAGGCUGCUCUAAUGCGGCUCACCUCAUUCACGGGGCCCAUUAUUUAACUUUUAAAACCCCACCCACUGAAGGUCUGUCGCUUUGACAAGAGAGGGCUAUAUAUGAGAUUCUAUACAGGCGCAUGAGUUAUCUUUGGAAAGCAGAAAACUGGGUAUGUUAGCAGUUGCAAUCUGAGCACCCAGACUGUAAACAUGAAAGGGAGGGUGCCUGAGGCCACACUGUCCACUCUGGUGCUCAUUGCAGCUGGCUUAUUAACUUAGGUUAGGCACAAAGCUCUCCUGAGUAAUACCUUCUCUCACAGAAAACCAGACCAUGCCCUCUAAAGCAGUAUCUUUUUUCUCAUGAAAUACGAUCUUUUACUGUGGGACUAAGAAGCUAAAGGAUCAUGACUCUAAAGACUGACAGAGCUCUUUAAUGAUGAUGGCACAGGCAACAAUAGCUGUGUGUAUCCGCCCAUCAACUGUAGUCUGUAUCAGCUGUUGUUGUUUUGGGUUCACUGCAGUUCAUACUUGACUGAAUAUGACAUCCAAGAGUGGAAAUGUUCUCUUGAUUUGAGAGAUUUAAUGUAUAUAAAUGAAACUUUUUAACAUUUACGUACUUGUUUCUGAAAAUGACUGCCAAAAUAACCAGUAGUUAUAAAACACAGUUGGAGGAAGAUUCAGCGUGACAAAGCCACAUGUCUGUCUCUGAGCGUCUGCCAUCAGGAAUCGUUGGAACACGUAUUGCUCUCUAGUCUUGAGCUAUAAAUACACGGUGACAUGGGAAGUAGUGGUCGCUCUCUUCCUCUAUUUAAGAUUGUAACUUUAUCUUUGGAAUGUGGAUUCAGUAUGUACAAGUCCUGCGUCCUACUCUGGGGGGGCCAAACCUUUAACAUUUCCACCACUGGCAGCUUUGCACUUUUGUGGUGGGCCAAAGUGUACCCUUCUUUGAAUAAUAUUGACCUCUACUUGCAUUGCUUUUUCCUGUCGAACUGAAAAAAUGCUUUUAAUACCCCAACCACACAUAUUAUAAUUAAAGAUAUGGUUUCAAAACAUAAAUUAAUCAUGUUCCUGUCCCUUUUUUAGUGAGAACAAACCUAAAAAUGGAGGGAUCUGUGUUGCAAACCAUACUUCCCCUAUUGACGUUAUCAUCUUGGCCAGUGACGGCUGCUAUGCUAUGGUGAGUUUACUGCAAUAACACAGUGACCAGGCAUUUUUUUUCCACUGUUGCUUCUUGUCUGUUGAAAUUUAGUAUUACCCAGAAACAAAUUUGUGUAUCUUAACCAGUGUUUGUGUUGUCGUUUUCAUCAGGUCGGUCAAAUCCAUGGUGGCUUGAUGGGGGUCAUUCAGAGAUCCAUGGUCAAAGCCUGCCCGCAUGUAUGGUUUGAACGCUCAGAAGUCAAAGACAGACAUCUAGUGGCCAAAAGGUAGAAUCACAGCAAGUCUGCUUUAUUUAUUUGUUGUUGUUUUUUUACAUUAAAAAAUCUCUUUUGGUAGUUUCCCCAGUUUAUCAGAAUGUAUUUUAAGAUAAGUUAGCUCUUCUAAAUUGAAGUAUAGACUUUAUUUGGAAAGUGUAUUUUCCACAGUUGUGUUUCUUUGUUAUAACUUUUAUACUUUUUCUGUGUAGAUUGAGUGACCAUGUGGAGGACAAAUCCAAACUGCCCAUUCUCAUCUUUCCUGAAGGUAAGCCUUUUUUAAAUCCAGCACAAGUAGGGACUUCAUAAUAACAAUGAGGCGGUGUUGUCUGGUUAAAGAAAGCAACUAAUCUAUUUAUCAUUAAUACCUUAAAUCUGUAGGUACCUGCAUUAACAAUACAUCAGUUAUGAUGUUCAAGAAAGGGAGCUUUGAGAUUGGUGCCACGGUCUACCCUGUGGCCAUCAAGGUGAGAAUAAUGCAACUCUUUUUCAUGAAAUGUUCUUUUUACAUCUGUAUUUAUGAACUGAAAUCAGCACUCUGUUCCAAAGUAAGACAUACGUUCACUGUUCAUUUUGUAGUAUGAUCCUCGUUUUGGAGACGCCUUCUGGAACAGCAGCAAGUUUGGGAUGGUCAACUAUCUGUUACGCAUGAUGAGCAGCUGGGCCAUAGUCUGUAGUGUGUGGUAUCUUCCUCCCAUGUCUCGAGAGGUGAGUCGAGUCCAGGGUUUUCUGUAGUCAUAAUCAACUCCAUAACAGGGAGCGCUGCAGUUUUUGAAAUUGUUUAGCUUUAUUUUUGUUCACAAUACAUGAAUCCACAGCUACAAAGUAAUAAUAUAAAGAAAUGUUAACCUGUGUUUCCAUUCCGUGCGUCUUCUCUAUCAGGAGGGCGAGGAUGCUGUACAGUUUGCAAAUCGCGUAAAGGCAGCAAUAGCCAGGCAAGGUGGACUGGUCGACCUCCUUUGGUAAGAUAACAUCCACUCAGCUUAACCAUUUCUCACAGUUUCAUGGCUGAUAAUGAAUAUACCAACACAUAUGUCAGUAUUCACAUCAAUCUUUUAUCAAAGGUUUAUAAACAUGUUUCACAACAAAUACUUUGACAGGCAUGAAAGAGAAAGUGCAGAGGCGUAAAUUAACCAACUUUUUUCAUUUUGAAAGAGCCGGUCGAAUGUUUUUAGUACCUGGGAUACAGUUUUAGUGGUUCAACCUGAGCUUUGAUUAAAAAAAAUGGUCACAGCUCAUAAAUAGGAAAGUGGAGUUGGGCAAGUUAAUGCUUAUCCUUUCCACGACAAUACUAAAUAAUUCAUGGUAACACUUUACAAUAACCAUCAUUUGUAAAUGGUAAAAAGAUAAUUUAUUAAUGUUAAUUCAUCAUUGAAAAACAGCAUAUAGACCAAUUAUAAAUGGCAAAUAGAUUGUUUUUAAUGCAAUAAUAGUAACUUUACCAUUAACAAGCAAUGGAGUUAUGAUGAAUAAUUUUCAUUAAUUAUUAAUGGACUAUUUCUUAAAUGUUUAUAUAGGGUUUAAAUAUUGGUUGUAAAACCUCUAAAUUAAAAUGUGUGUCAGUAGCACUUUGUAAAUGGUUAAUAUUUGGAUUUUAAACCAUCUAUAAACAUUACUUGGAUGGUUAUUGUAAAGUUAGGGUUAGGUUUUUAAAAUUGUAAAAUGUACAAUUUUUUAAUGGUCUAUAUGCCAUUUAUAAAUGAUGAUUAAACAUUUAUAAACUAUCUGCUUACAUUUAUAAAUGGUCUAUUUACGAUUUAUAAGUUACGGUUAUUGUAAAGUGUUACCUAAUUUAUAUAGUUGACAAAUUCCCCUAUCAAUCACUGUUUUCUUCAAUAAAAUUAAACAUAGGUGUUUUUAAUUUGUAGUUUCAGAUCUUUAAUCUGUGCUUUUUGGCUAACUGUAAUAAGAUACGUUACAUAGUUUGUGUUCAGUAAAGAUCGAUAGGGUUGCAGUGUCUGGGGCUCUAUUUUCCUGGCCAGCUUGGAUGCAUGUGAAGCCUUGUAGGUGAUAAAACAUAUUUGGACUGCAUUGCUCUGGUAGGCCCUAAAGGAUGGGAGUAAAAUGUUUGUCAAAUACAUCUGUACCUGUUGUCACUAAUUUCACUCUCUCUUUCAGGGACGGAGGACUGAAGCGAGGAAAGGUAAAGGAUACCUUCAAAGAAGAGCAGCAGAAGCUCUACAGUAAAAUGCUCGUUGGCACCCAAGAGGACCGCAGUCGCUCCUGAAGGACUUCUCGUGAAGGGGGGACAGUCUCAGUGACACACUUAAAAACCUCUGACUAAAGGACUAGUCAGCAGGCUUAUGUCUGUACUGGAGCUCUCUGGAAAAACUCCCUCUGAUGUCAACGCCUCUCCAUAAAGCUUCCUCGGUCACUGCCUCAGCUCAGCAUGUUCAGUUUGUGUCGCUGUUACGGGUCAUUCUGAGUCUGCUGCUGCCCUUUGUUGGAAAAGCUUCUCAAGCCUUGCUUUACAAGGAAAGCAAGGUACACGUGGAAAAGGGGCAUUGUCUUCCUUGGUGGCAGUUUUUUUAAAAGGAAAACUUGUAUUAUUACUUUUUGUUUGAUAGUUAAGCUUUAAAAUUUAUAAUUUACUUUAAUAUUUGUAUCACUCUGCAUUCGAGUUGCAGAUCUGAUAAAAACUGGGAGAGUUCUUGUAGAUAACAACUAGUUUGUUUGUGAGCUAAAACCCGUGACUGAGUUGAGGUUUUGCAUGAAUGACUUGUGCCCAUGAUUUAGAGCACAUUGCCAGAUUUUGUUACAUUUCAGAAUUUUUAUGGGCUUUUUCCAAGAGAAACUUUAAUUUUAUGCUUUGUGUUUUACAAUAAGACUUGUAUCAAACUAUGCGGUCAAUAUCCUAGUUCUGAUGCUGACAAGCUCAGAUACGUUGUGAGUUUCUUUGAUUCUCCACUGAAUGUGAAAACCCUCACAUUAUGAAGUGGAAAUUGUGCAACUGCAGGUACUCUGGAUUGAGGCAGAUGUUCCUUUUUGAGCUAAUGAUGCAGCAUAGAGCCGAAUAGAGGCAGUCAAAGAGUUUUUAGUCCAUUAAGAAUUUAUUUGGGAUGCUUUCAACGCUGUCCCUUUAAAGCCUGGAGCAGAACUAGUGAUGUAGUGACUGUCUCCUGCCAAAAACACAGACAUAAAGACAAUUGGUUGAUAAAUAAUCAUACUGAUACACUCUUCAUCAUGUUUCCAUGAGCUUCCUGCCUCUGCAGCGACCACCCAGUUUAUUUUAAAUCAACUGUAAAAGCUUUGUCUUUAUUUUCCCUCUCAUCAACAAUCUUUCUCCUACUUGGCAGCCUCUUCAAAGAGGGACAGCGUGCAGCUGUAGUGUGUACUGUUGGCUGCAGCUAAGGGAUAUGAUGAGCAGCCUCGGGGAGUAGUAACCUGGAGGCUCUUUUCCCUCUAGCUCGCUUUUAUCAGGGAUAGUCGUUAAGACCGUGUCAAAUCUGUUCAUCAAAAUAAAUGUUCAAGAAUGUGAAUCUACCC